CAGGAGGAGGAUUAGACCCUGCUAUCUAUCUGCAAUAGCUCACUCACUAAAAGCUGUGAUUUCAUAUCAGUGGAGUGGCAGUCUUCGCCCAGAGCGUUUCCCUCUGGAGUCUAUCUUACUCAUCACCGUCACCAACCAUUCACUCAUCAAUCCAUACAUCUGUGCAACCAACCUCUCUCCACCGGAUCCGCCGGGCGGCAGACGACGCAUAUCACCACUUACUUCCACCAUACCUAUCUAAAUCAUUCUUGCCUUAUCACUCUAGUCUCGCCCAUCAUGAGUUAUAGAUAUCCCCACCAGGACGACUCGGACGAGAACGGAUAUGGCGAGAGUCUCCAGCAGGCGUCAGGGAGUCAGCCCCAUAUCCGAAACGAUAGCAAUGAUGAUAGUGAUGACGAUGACCUUUUCGAGCCAGCAGCGGAGGAAUCAGAAGCUCUAAACUUCGAAACGACAGAGGACGACGAUGAAGAUAACGACGACGAUGAUGAAGAUGAAGAUGAUCCGGACUACGAGGGUGACGAUGACGAGUUUCACGAUGCUGAGCAAGGAUACUCGGUAGAAGUGGUCAUCGGUCAGGUUGGAGGGAACGAGGAAGAAGAUGACGACGACGACGAUGAGGGCGAGGAAGAAACAGCGCGGACAACAACCAUCUCGCUGGGCACCCUUGGCCGCUUAUUUGGUGGGAAUGUACUCUCGAGGCCUCAAUUGCUGGCUCUGCUUCAGGGCCGCGACCUAGGCCAGAUCUUUGGAGAGGACGACAAUGAGGACCACUACUGGGCCCGGCGCCGGCGCCGAAACCCUCCCGACCCGAAUCGCUUCCCCAAGGUUCCGAGCGAGGAGGGUCGCAAGCUCAUGGACUCGGGCGCCUUCGGCUCGACCGACCGGCUGGAUCCUCCAAAGAAGAGGCUCGCCCGCCGCGUCCUCGACCGCGAGCUGGGCAUCGGCUGGGGCCGCACCGCCCAGUCGGCCAUGGCGCAGCAGAUGAUCCCCUCCUCGGAGGCGGACCUGCUUAUCCACUACCACGCGCCCGUCUAUUGCGGGCAGUUCUCCCAGGACGGCAACUUUUUCUACGCCUGCGUAAAGGACUUCAAGGUCCGCAUGUACGACACGAGCAACCCGUACAACUGGCGGUACUACAAGACGGCCAGCUUCAACUGGGGCCAGUGGACCCUGACCGACGCACACCUGUCGCCCGACAACCGGUGGCUCGCCUAUACCUCCCUUCAGUCCCACGUUGCCUUCGCCCCCACCGAUCCCAACGACAAAGGUGACCCGUACCAGCUCGACCUCGCCGGCGGCGGCGUAGUCGAUGCUACCAACGGCCGCCCGGCUCCGACGUGGGCCCGGCGGAAUAGGGACAACUUCGCCAUCUGGUCCAUCCGGUUCAGCGGCGACGGCAGAGAGCUGAUCGCCGGCAACAACGUCGCCUCGAUCGUGGUGUACGACAUCGAGUCCCGCCGCGUGUUGCACAACAUUGUGGGCCACGAGGACGACGUCAACGCUGUGGCCUUUGCCAAUCCCAAAGACCCGCACAUCAUCUACUCGGGCUCUGACGACCAGGUGAUCAAGGUGUGGGACAGGCGCAGCAUGGCAGACGGCCGCGCGGCGGGCGCCUUUGUCGGGCACUGCGAGGGGCUGACGUACAUCGACAGCAAGGGCGACGGGCGGUAUAUCCUCUCCAACAGCAAGGAUCAAACCAUGAAGCUGUGGGACCUACGCAUGGCCAUGUCCACGGAGCAGUACGCGCGGCUCAACCCGCGCAGGCACACGAUGCACACCACCUAUGACUACCGCAUGGAGGAGUACGAUCAGGACGACUGGUUUCCGCACCCUGACGACAACUCCGUGGUCACCUUCCGCGGGCACAAGGUCCAGGGCACCCUCAUCCGCUGUCACUUUUCGCCUCCCGGGAGCACCGACAGCAGGUAUGUGUACUCGGGCAGCCACGACGGCAAGGUGUACGUCUGGAACAUGGAUGCGACGCUGGAGAAGACCAUCGAUGUGGGCAUGUCCACGCACUGGAACGGCCGCGUGCCUGGCGGUGGCAGGGCGUGGAGGAGUCGUCCGACCAACCAUUGGAACUGUUGUGUGCGCGAGCCCUCUUGGCACCCCAACGCACCCAUCAUGGCUGCAUCCUCCUGGGGCGGAUACGAUAUGAGCUUUGGAUCGGUGUCGGUACAUUCGUGGAACGAGAAUUCGGAAGACGAUGCGGAUCCCCCUAUGCGCCACAGGGUCAACGAUCAGCUGGCAGCCGAGUGGCUUGCAGACUCAUAAGUUUGUAUGACAUUGGAGUGUGAAUAUUUCAAAAGGCUGGAGGAACUGGCCUGGAUACUUUUGAAGUCUGGAUGUGGGUACCAUUGCAAGGUUCGAAUGUGGAAACAUAUACAUGUGAGGAUUCAUCAGGAGCAAAAACAAUAAAGAGGACAGGGCGGCAGCAUCAAUCUGCGUUUUAGGACCAAAGAAGGGUGGGAGGACGGCUGGGGCCGUGCGGGUGUGUGUGUGUUGAAGGUGCACACAGCAAAACGCCAUGUACCCGUCAAGACUGAACUCAGUUGGACUCAAUAUGGAGAGGCAGGAAAAUGGCUGUUUAUAUUCUCUCCUCCAGGUGGUCAUCACCAUUUUCCCUCGUUCUUCUUCUGUCUUCCUAGCAUUAUGUCCACAUUCAUUUUGAUGAAAGCCGCAUCAUCAAGCAAGCCAUGAAUAUAAUGCAGCUGACAACCCCUGUCCUCCAAGAAAGAAAAGAAACAACAUCAGAC